AUCCCUAAAAACUUCAAACCACAUGUGUUCUACACAUGUAGUUUUUGUUCCUUAAAAAAAGUUUAAAUUCUUUUGUAUAAAAUAAAUUCCAAUGUUGAAAUAUUAAUUAUGAAAACUUAAAAUACAAAAUUUCCUGUCAGGAUGGCAGCAUGCAAAUGUCCUACAAUCAACUUGGCAAAGGUUUCCAUCCAGGCAUUAAAGCUGCAAGAGUCAAAGCUUCAGAAGCUGCCGGUGGCAACUAGGGAUAUAAAAUGCAGGACGCCCUAUCCAAUUCCACCACCUCCAAGACUAAUUAAGUAUAAGACCAUUCAGAUAUGCCAGGCACCACCGAUUGAUUUUAUACACCCUGCUUUGCCAUGUAUUUGUCCUCCUUGUCCAAUUUGCCCGACCAAAGCUGAAAGACUACAGGCAUUACUAAAACUUGUUGGAAAAUUUUAUGUACUCUAUUUUUUAUUUCAACUAGCAAAUGCUGGUGAGUUUUGGGGUAGUGCUGAUGCAUCUGCUGAGCUGGUGACGUCGAUUAGCAACUUAAUAUUACGGUUGUCUGGCAGCAAAGAGCAGUUCAAGGGGCAUAAAAUAGGAUUUUUCCAAGUAGACAAAAUAAAAUAUAACCUUUUGACAUUCUGGGACAAAUUGGUCUUUACUGUAUUCUGGUAUUCAGUGGGUCUACCAGCCAAAUAUUACAAUGAUAUAGCAAAUCAGGUGAACAGGGCUUUAUUUUAUAAAGAAUGUCCAUGUAAGCUCAAGAAGCAGGAAGAAUUAGCAAAGCAAAAUGAAGAGAAAAGCAAAAAGAAAUAGCAGUAAGAAAAGCAAAUCUGAAAGAAAGAGAGUACAGAACGAAUGGAGUAUACACAAGCUUUGUAGCAAGGUGCCUUUGCAAAUUGUAAAAAUGUUAUUACGCAAAACUAAAUUAAAAUAUUUUUUAUCAGUGUGUUUAA